CCACCCCCCCCCACCCCCAGCCCCAGCCGACGCACACUGGCAGACGCACACACACGCGAUGAGUUUCUCGUGGAAGCCGGUCUCGGUUUGCCUCCACUUGAUGCUGCUAUUCGACGCUUGGCAGCGGGUUUCGAGUUUGGAGCUAACACUGCUGCACACCAAUGACAUCCACGCGCGCAUCGAAGAGACCAGCGUGGACUCUGGGAAGUGUCCCGACGCGGGUCUCUGCUUCGCGGGAGUUGCGCGACGCUUCAGUAAGGUGUCGCAGAUCCGCAGGGAGGAGAAGAAUGUCUUGCUACUAGACGCCGGCGACCAGUUCCAAGGCACCGUGUGGUUUAAUUACUACAAAGGCGCGGAAGCGGCUCACUUUAUGAACAAACUUGGCUAUAACGUGAUGGCUUUCGGGAACCACGAGUUUGACAAUGGAGUGGAGGGUCUUAUCUCGCCUUUCCUGCAGAAUAUUAAUUGCUCAAUGGUGAGCUCGAACAUCAAACCGGACCAGACUCUGGUAGCCAACUUCAGCCGCUACUACCGGCCUCACGUGGUGAUCGAUGUGGGCUUGGAAAAAGUGGCCGUGGUGGGAUACACCACCACGGAAACCCCCUUCUUGUCGAUUCCAGGGCCACACCUAAAGUUUGAGGACGAGGUGGCAUCCCUGCAGGUGGAGGUUGACAAGCUGCACGCACUCGGCUAUAACAAGAUCAUCGCCCUGGGACACUCUGGCUUUGAUGUGGAUCAAUUAAUUGCCAAGCGAGUCAGAGGGAUCGACGUAGUUAUUGGAGGACACACCAACACAUUCCUAUACACCGGACAUGCUCCAUCUACUGAAGUGCCAGCAGGCCCGUACCCGUUCAUGGUGAGGUCAGAUGAUGGCAGAAAUGUGCCAGUAGUCCAGGCGUAUGCCUUUGGAAAAUACCUGGGCUACCUGAAGGUUACCUUUGACCAGGCUGGAAAUGUUAUCAAAGCAGUUGGAAACCCCAUCCUUUUGGACAAGAGCAUACCUCAAGAUCCCAAUAUCCUUGCUGAUGUUGAGAAGUGGAAGGAGCAGCUGGCUCAGUACUCGAAAAAAUAUGUCGGCCAAACAUUAGUGUACCUCAAUGGGUCUUUUGAGGAGUGUCGUUUUCGAGAAUGCAACCUGGGAAACUUGAUUUGUGACGCCAUGGUGAACCACAAUUUAAAAUACUCUCAUGAGCUGCAGUGGAAUCACGUGGCCGUCUGUUUACUGAACAGCGGAGCCAUUCGAACAGCCAUUGAUGAACACAACAAAAACGGUAACAUAACAAUGGAGGAGAUCCUGACUGUCUUACCAUUUCAACAAACUAUGGACUUGAUCCAGAUAAAGGGGUCAACCAUGAAAAAGGCUUUUGAACGCUCCGUUCACAGAUAUGGAGGCAUGCAUGGAGAAUUCCUGCAAGUGUCAGGCAUCCAUGUAGAAUAUGACCUGUCAAAGCCAGUAAACCAGCGGGUCGCAUCUUUAUCUGUCCUCUGCACCCAGUGCAGAGUGCCCCAGUACGAACCGCUUGACCUGGAGAAGACGUACACUGUAGUCACGCCUUCCUACUUGGUGAGCGGCGGUGACGGCUACAGCAUGUUCAAGGAAGAGAUGCUGAAGCAUAACACAGGUGAUAUGGACGUUGUGGUUUUGUCCAAAUACAUCUCUGAAAGGAAGCUUGUCCACCCAGCUGUGGAAGGUCGGAUCAAGUUCAGGAGCAACUCGGCGGCAUUUUUGGCCCAAAGCCUCAUCCUGCCAUUGUUAAGUUUAGGCCUAUCUCUGACAUUCUGAUUAGGAAACUAUCAUGAGAAGUUUUCUCAGGGGAGAUUCAACAGCAAGCAAGAAAUGCUCCAUGAAUAUGAAAAUAUUAAAUAAGGUAAUACAUUUUUAGUACACUGAAAGUAGGUGGAGUAAAAGGUGAAUACCCCCUGGCCAAAUGCCCGUGAAGUAAAAAUGUUUACACGUUUCAAGUACCCGCCUGCUACAAAUCUGCACGUAACUAAACACCUUUUUAAGAUGCACUGCAAAUAAGUUCAAAUAAAAACUGUAUCUGGAGAAAUGCAUACUUUGAGAUUCAGUGGUCGACAGUAUUACGAAUGGAUCUUUACGUGGCCUUGAACAUUUUUUUUUUUUUGUAACAGUUCAUUUGGUGUUACUUUGCUUUGCUCAAAAUACAUUUACACACGUAUUUUAAGACACUACUUGUCAUAUUGGGAGCACUGCAUGAUGCAAUUGCAUUGCCUCAACUGCAUGCCAAGCAACAACAUUUCCAUAUUUUUUUUAAUUGUAUUUACAUUUCAUUUGAUGAAUAAAGAGCAAUUUGACC